UUCAGAACAGCUCCAGAGGUUUCCCAAAUCCGCUUGGCGCCAUGGAGUCUAGACAAAAUUCAUUCUUCUCACAGAAGAUGGAGCACUUCCUUUCAGAUCGCGAGAAAGAGGAGCAGCAGGCCCGGAAGCAAGCUAUGGAGAAGGCUCUAAGCGAGAAGGUUCUGAACGAGGCGGUGGAGCGCAAGUUGCAAGAAUGGCCAGGAGUGCCGAUGCCAGUACGGCUGACUUCUGUGCCAGAUCCGCAGGUGCCGCUGCGGGGACCUGCGCUCGCGGGCGCACGUUUACGGGGACCGACGCUGCCAGUACGGCUGGCUUCUGUGUCAGCUCCGCAGGGUGGUGUGCCGAGGGUGGAGGUGAGGACCGAGCCGAUGGUGGUGCCUAUGGUGAUGGGCAGGCCUCUGGCAACCGUGCAAGAGGCCACCAGCGAGUUUCUUCGGACCCUCUCCCCGAAGAAGAUGCCGGGUGAGACCGAGAUCAAAAUCGAGGCUCAUGAGCAGACGGUACGCAAAUCCUGUUGUUUCUGGGAUUGCCGGGUGAACGAUUGAUAGGCGCCGGACAAAGUACAGCUGGUGCAGUGGGGUAGCCGUGAAUACGUCUAGG